CGGCCGGGGGGGGGGGCGGGGCCAGGCGGCGGCGUCCAGGGCGGCGCCAUGAGCCCUCGUCCCCGAGCGCGGCACUGAGACAGCGCGGCCGCCAUGAGGACCACCAAGGUGUACAAGCUGGUCAUCCACAAGAAGGGCUUCGGGGGCAGCGACGACGAGCUGGUCGUGAACCCCAAGGUGUUUCCUCACGUGAAGCUGGGCGACGUCGUAGAGAUCGCGCACCCCAGCGACGAGUACAGCCCCCUGCUGCUGCAAGUCAAGUCGCUGAAGGAGGAUUUACAGAAAGAGACCGUCAGCGUGGACCAGACCGUGACCCAGGUGUUCCGGCUGAGGCCCUACCAGGACGUCUACGUGAACGUGGUGGACCCCAAGGAUGUGAGCCUGGACCUGGUGGAGUUGACCUUCAAGGACCAGUACAUCGGCCGCGGGGACAUGUGGCGGCUGAAGAAAAGCCUGGUCAGCACGUGUGCCUACGUCACUCAGAAGGUGGAGUUCGCCGGCAUCAGGGCGCAGGCUGGAGAGCUGUGGGUGAAGAAUGAGAAGGUCAUGUGUGGCUACAUCAGUGAGGACACCAGGGUGGUGUUCCGGUCGACGUCGGCUAUGGUUUACAUAUUCAUUCAGAUGAGCUGUGAAAUGUGGGACUUCGAUAUUUACGGGGAUCUGUAUUUCGAGAAGGCGGUGAACGGCUUCCUUGCUGAUCUCUUCACCAAAUGGAAGGAGAAGAACUGUAGCCACGAAGUGACGGUGGUCCUGUUUUCCAGAACAUUCUAUGAUGCGAAAUCUCUUGACGAGUUUCCCGAGAGCAGCCGGGGCUCCAUCCGGCAGGACCAUGCGGGGCACUUCUACGAAGACUUCUACAAGGUGGUGGUACAGAAUGAGAGGAGGGAGGAGUGGACUUCGCUGCUGGUCACCAUCAAGAAGCUUUUCAUUCAGUACCCAGUGCUGGUGCGGCUGGAGCAGGCAGAGGGGUUUCCUCAAGGAAGCAAUUCCACCUCGGCACAAGGCAACUACCUCGAGGCCAUCAACCUGUCCUUCAAUGUGUUUGACAAGCACUACAUCAACCGCAACUUCGACCGCACGGGCCAGAUGUCUGUGGUCAUCACGCCGGGAGUGGGCGUGUUCGAGGUGGACCGUCUGCUCAUGAUUCUGACCAAGCAACGCAUGAUCGACAAUGGCAUUGGCGUGGACUUGGUCUGCAUGGGAGAGCAGCCCCUGCACGCUGUCCCCUUGUUCAAGCUGCACAACCGGAGUGCCCCUCGAGAUUCCCAGCUGGGUGAUGACUACAACAUCCCCCACUGGAUUAACCACAGUUUCUACACGUCCAGAAGCCAGCUCUCCUGCAACAGCUUCACCCCCCGCAUCCGGCUGGCGGGAAAGAAGCCCGCCUCGGAGAAGGAAAAGAACGGCCGGGACCCCUCUCUCGGGACCCCGAGGGAAGCGGAGAACACCCUGCCCAUCCAGGUAGACUACGACGCCCACGACGCCCAGGUGUUCCGGCUGCCAGGCCCGGCCCGAGCCCAGCGUCUCUCCACGUGCAGGGCCGUGCGUGAGCGGGAUGGCCAUGCGCGGAAGAGCGCCAGCUACUGCGAUGUGUCGUCCAGCCCGGCCCUGCCUGGCCGUGCACCCCCAGAGGAGGCAAGGAGCCAGGCCUCGGACGACGGCUCCCUGGGCGGUGGGACCAGCGUCCUCAGGAUCCCGCCGCCUCACCUGCACCCCUACGAAGUCAGCAGCUCUCUGGGCUACUGCGGCACGCGCGACGCCCUGGACAACCCGCCGGAGCCGCAGCGAGACUCCAGCGCGCCGGGCCGCUUCCACGUGGGCAGCGCCGAGUCCAUGCUGCGCGUCCGGCCUGGGGGCUGCGCCCCGCAACGCGCCCUCAUCAACCCCUUCGCCCCGUCACGCAUGCCCAUGAAGCUCACCUCCAACCGGCGCCGCUGGAUGCACACCUUUCCCGUGGGGCCCUCGGGAGAGGCCAUCCAGAUCCACCACCAGACCCGGCAGAACAUGGCGGAGCUGCAGGGCAGUGCGCAGAGGGAGGCCGCCCGUUCCUCCGCAGAGCUGUUGGAGCUCGCCUACCACGAGGCCGCCGGGAGGCACAGCGUUGUCCGCCAGCCGGGUGCCACGGCCCUGAACUUGAGUGGUGCCAACGAGCUCUCUGCUGGUCUGCUCGGCAGCCAUGGUGCAGGCAUGAACCCUACGACCCAGAGCAAGGCCUCCCCAGAGGACGGCGUUUCUACCUCACUGGACCCCAUGCCAGGCUUCUGUUGCACAGUUGGCGUGGACUGGAAAUCGCUGACCACGCCGGCCUGCCUGCCCCUCACCACCGACUACUUCCCCGACCGCCAGGGCCUGCAGAACGACUACACCGAGGGCUGCUAUGACCUCCUCCCGGAGACCGACGCCGACAGGAGGGAAGAGGAGGGCGUGCAGAUGACGGCGCAGCAGGUGUUUGAGGAGUUCGUGUGCCAGCGGCUAAUGCAGGGCUACCAGCUCAUCGUGCGGCCGCGCGCGCAGAAGGCCCGGCCCGCCGUGCCCACGCCGCUCAGCAGCAGUCCGCUCUAUGGCCGCGGCCUCGUGUCCCGGAACGGCCCCGAGGAAGAAGACCAGUACUGGCUGAGCAUGGGCAGGACCUUCCACAAGGUGACGCUCAAGGACAAGAUGAUCACGGUGACGCGCUACCUGCCCAAGUACCCCUACGAGUCCCCGCAGAUCCACUACACCUACAGCCUCUGCCCCUCCCACUCGGACUCUGAGUCCGUGUCCUGCUGGGUGGAGUUCUCGCACGAGCGGCUGGAGGAGUACAAAUGGAACUACCUGGACCAGUACAUCUGCUCUGCUGGCUCCGAGGACUUCAGCCUCAUUGAGUCCCUCAAGUUCUGGAGGACGCGCUUCCUGCUGUUGCCAGCCUGCGUGACGGCCACCAAGCGCAUCAUGGAGGGGGAGGCCCGCUGCGACAUCUACGGGGACCGGCCACGGGCGGACGAGGAGGAGGGGCAGCUCCUGGACGGCUUCAUCCGCUUUGUGGAGGGCCUGAACCGCAUCCGCCGGCGCCACCGCUCCGACCGCGUGAUGCGGAAAGGGGCCACCAUGAAAGGCUUGCAGAUGGCCGGGCCUCUCCCCAGCCACCCGCUGGACACACCCGGGCCCCCGGUCGGCAAGAAGGGCACCUCGGCGCUCUCGGCCCUGCUGGAGCUGGAGGCCAGUCAGCGGCCCCUGGGAGAAGCACAGGCCGCCACACUGGGGGCUAAGAGCGGCGGCCAGCCGGCCGAGGGCAGCGGCGUGGCCAUGACACCCACCCAUGUGGACAGUCCCCGGAAGGACGGGGCCUUCUUUAUGGACUUCGUCCGCAGCCCUCGCUCGGCGUCUGCCUUCUGCCCGCAGGUGUCUGUGGACCAGACGGCCGUCGUGGGACCGGACAGCACCAGCACGGGGACAAGCACUGGCCAGGCCGCGGACAGAGGCGGUGGGCAGGCCUCGGUGGGGGGCGCCCAGAACUCUGGGGAGCAGGCCUUCUCCUCCACCAACCCCUGUGACAGCAGCUCACAGCCGCCGCCGCCGCCGGCAGCCAGCUCCCUGACGUCGUCUUCCACAUUGGCCGAGAUCCUGGAGGCCAUGAAGCACCCCUCGACGGGCGUACAGCUGCUGUCAGAGCAGAAGGGGCUGUCGCCCAGCUGCUUCAUCAGCGCCGAGGUGGUGCACUGGCUGGUGAACAGUGUGGAGGGUGUGCAGACCCAGGCCAUGGCUGUGGACAUCAUGCAGAAGAUGCUGGAGGAGCAGCUGAUCACACACGCGUCGGGCGAGGUCUGGAGGACCUUUAUCUACGGCUUCUACUUCUACAAGAUCGUGAUGGACAGGGAGCCGGAGCGAGCCGUCCCGCAGCCGCCCCCCACCUGGCACCCCGGCGGCACGGACGACUUCGCCAGCUUCCAGCGCAAGUGGUUCGAGGUGGCGUUCGUGGCGGAGGAGCUGCUGCACGCGGACAUCCCAGCCUUCCUGCUGCCAUGGCUGCCCAGCCGGCCCGCCUCCUACGCCAGCCGCCACAGCUCCUUCAGCCGCAGCUUCGGGGGCCGCAGCCAGGCUGCCGCGCUCCUGGCCGCCACCGUGCCAGAGCAGAGGACGGUGACCCUGGACGUGGGCGUCAGCCACCGCUCGGAGCGGCCGGAGUGGUGCAGCUGUUACUACCACGGCAGCUUCUCCCCGCACGCGGCCUUCGAGAUCCGGCUGCACUGGAUGGCUGUCACCGCCGCCGUGCUCUUUGAGAUGGUCCAAGGCUGGCACCGCAAGGCCACGUCGUGCGGCUUCCUGCUGGUCCCAGUGCUGGAGGGCCCCUUUGCGCUGCCCAGCUACCUGUAUGGGGACCCUCUGCGCGCCCAGCUCUUCAUCCCCCUCAGCGUCACCUGCCUGCUCAAGGACGGCAGCGAGCACCUGUUUGACAACUUUGAGCCUGAGACGUACUGGGAUCGGAUGCACCUCUUCCAGGAAGCCAUCGCUCACAGAUUCGGCUUCGUCCAGGACAAGUACUCGGCCUCCGCUUUCAACUUCCCAGCUGAGAGCAAACCUCAGUACAUCCACGUGACAGGCACCGUGUUCCUGCAGCUGCCCUACUCCAAGCGCAAGUUCUCGGGGCAGCCCCGGCGGCGCCGCAACUCCACCAGCUCGGCCAGCCAAGGCCUGUUGUGUGAGGAGCGUCUGGGCUACCACUGGGCCUACAACACCAUGCUCACCAAGGCCUGGCGCUCCAGUGCCACCGGGGACGAGCGCUUUGCCGAUCGGCUGCUCAGGGACUUCGCCGACUUCUGCGGCAACCGGGACGGCCGCCUGCUGGCCUUCUGGACCAGCUGCGUGGAGAAGAUGCACGCCAGCGCCCCCUGAGGCGCGUGGGGAGGGCGGCCGGCAGGUCCAGGCAGGCUUGCCUGGACCUAAGUGAGGAGGACUGCUGUCUGUCUGGGCAUCUGUCUGGUGCCGGACCGUGGGAGGUGUGGGGGGGUGUGGGCCCGACUAGCUCCUGUCUGGCGUCCGGACUCUCAUUGGCGGGAGCUCCCAGAGCUUUGGAGGCCCAAGCUGCCGGGAGGGUGCUGGCCCUGGAGGGCGCAGGAGUUCAGGGGCCCUGGGGCGUCACCCCACGCAGAGGAAGAGGAAGGGCCACAGCCACCGCCGCUCCCACCUCCCGCAGGUGGGCGUGGACGCCCCCGACCGAGACAGCUCAGUCAGGAGCCAGACACCCUGGGGAGGGUGGGAGAGCACCCACCUUGUCACCCCGGAUGGAGGGCUCUCCCCGGCUCUCAAUAAAGCGCCCAGAGCUCGCCCACCUGGCAGAGCGCACACCA